CAAGUGUCUAUCCUCUACGCGCAUGAGCAAUCUUUUGUUUCCUGCUUGAAAUCACGGAAGAGAAGGAGGGCGUUUUUGACAGUUUUUUCCCGUCCUUUCCCUUUCUUUUGAAUAGAAUAAGGAAUAAUUUUCAAGAUGGCGUUUAAAAUGAGACAGAGUAAAUUUCGGCACGUGUUUGCACAACCAUAUAAAAAGGACCAAUGUUAUGACAAUAUAAGGAUCUCCAAGAGCUCUCUGGAUUGUAAAUUUUGUUCAGUGAACCCAAAAUUUGUAGCCAUAAUCACAGAGGCAGCUGGUGGAGGAUCUUUCCUUGUUUUACCAUUAUCAAAGACAGGUCGUGUGGAGAGAGAUCACCCAAUGGUUACUGGCCAUACAGGGGCUGUGUUAGAUAUUAAAUGGUGUCCCCACAAUGACAAUGUUAUAGCAAGCUGUGGGGAAGACACAACAGUGAAAGUUUGGCAGAUACCCGAUGAAGUUAUUACAACAAACAUUACAGAGCCUGUUGUGGAUUUGUGUGCACAUCAGCGUCGUGUUCAUUAUAUUGAAUGGCAUCCAUCCGCCUUAAAUCUUCUGCUAAGCUCAGGUGCUGAUCACAAGAUUUUCCUGUGGAAUGUGGGUGUAGGUGAAGUCCUUGUAGAAAUGGACUUACCAGACCUUUGUCUCAGUAUGUCAUUCAACUAUGAUGGUACACAGUUUGUGACAACGUGUAAAGACAAGAAAAUGAGGAUAUUUGAAACUAGAACAGGGAAAAUGUUGAAGGAAAAGCAAGCUCAUGAUGGGUCAAAGCCAGCUCAAGCAGUAUUUCUUAAAGACAACAAAAUAUUCACAACAGGGUUCUCAAAAAUGAGCGAGAGACAAUAUGCAUUAUGGGAUACUAAGGAUUUGAGUGAGCCAAUGAAUAUGGAAGUGAUAGAUACCAGCAAUGGAGUUAUCUUCCCUUUCUAUGAUGGGGACACAAAUAUGGUCUGGCUAUGUGGUAAGGGUGAUAGUAUAAUCCGUUUCUAUGAAGUGACAGAAGAAGCACCAUUUGUCCAUUAUUUAAAUCUGUACCAGACAAAAGAGAGCCAGAGGGGAAUUGGAAUGAUGCCAAAACGAGGCCUUAACGUUUGUUCUUGUGAAAUUACUAGAUUUUACAAGUUGCUGAACAAUGGUCUCUGUGAAGUCCUUCCCAUGGUAGUGCCGAGAAAAUCAGACUUAUUUCAAGAUGAUCUAUAUCCUGACACACCGUCGGACGAACCUGCUUGCACAGCUGAUCAGUUCAUGGAAGGCUGUGAUUCAACACCUGUGCUUUGUUGUCUAAAAGACAAAUAUGCCGGCGCCAAGAAAGAGCAACAUUCCGCUGUACGGAAAUCUAAUGUCCUUGACACACCAAAUAAGUUAGCCGCUCGUAAGUCCAACGUUCUUGACACACCAAGUAAGGUCACCAGUCGACAGACGCACCAUGAACAACCAGCGAGUGCUACAAGUAAUGGCGCAGCCGAGGCUCCCACCCAGGCCGUAUCAGCACCAACCCCGGCUCCUGCAGGCCCGGCCCUUCCAGCUGACUUUGACCCAGAGAAACUGCUGAAAGACGUAUCUGACCUAAAAGCCGUUAUUAAACAACAAGACAAGAAGAUUGCCGCUCUAGAAGCGAGGGUUAAAGAAUUCGAAGGAACGGGUGAAGAAGAAGUAAAGGAAGAGGAUUGAUUGAAAGACCAAACUUUUUAACAUUUACGGAACAAAAAAGCAUGUUUCAAAACUGCUGCAUAUAUAUGUGUAUAUUUUGUGUAGUAAACAAUUUAUAUGUAUGGACUUAAUCUGUCAAUCUUUGAAAAAUGACGGCUUAGAAUGUAUAUGUAGGUGCUUUCAACAAUUAUUUAGUAGGUAAAUUAUGCAAAAGAAGCAAAAUUUUGUGUAUAUAUGGUAAUGAUUUGUCAUUAGAACUGUGUAAUCCAUGGGCAUAUUGUCUACGAUAAUUUUUCUAACACGUUGUACAUCAUAGUACAUAUUGCAUGAAAUGUUAUAUUACAGUCAUAUUUACAUGUAUUUUGUCAUUUCAUCACCAUAGCUACAAAUUAUUGUAACUUUAUAUACAUAGAUAUUUAGAUACAAAGGUUUGAAUUUAUGUGAUGAUUUUGCGAUACAUUUGCCAUAAUUUAUCAUGAAUGUAAGCAUAUGUUUUUUUCAUGACAUUAAUUUUUUGUUGUUAGAAAAUCAUUGAAAAUCUGUUCAAAAUUUAAUGUAUGUAGAAUGGUAAGUUACUCUGUAACAUGUUUCAGACUAAUAAAAUUACUUUAUGAAAAAAAAAAGUUACAGAAAACGUUAUCAAUAUGUUUCUCAUAGCUGCCAGGAUGUUUUUUUUUAUUCUAGGUAUUAAAAUGAAAGGAAAGAUAGAAAUUCAAGAUUGAAAAUGUAUUUGAAAAUAAUAAAAGAAUUACCUAGAAAAGAUUGACCUUUCCAAAAUGUAACAUCUCUAUAUUAAUUCCAGAAUACUUUUUACUCUUAAAUUAGAUAAAAUUGCAAUGUGGUCAAGGGAUCAAAUAAUUGAAAAGUGGUUAGAUAAAUUGAAAAGGAGGUAAAGUGGUCACAGAAAUUGGAAAAUAGAUCAGAAAGUUUGGAAAAGAGGUCAGAUAAAUUGGAAAAGAGGUCAAAUAAAUCAGAAAAGAGGUCAAAUAAAUUAGAAAAAGAGGUCAGAUAAAUUGGAAAGUGGUCAAAUAAGGCUACAAUAAGGAAAUAAAAUUUUUAAAAGUUUGUAAAAAUAUAAUUGUUAUAAUACGUAUUCAUGUUGCCAAGAAAAUACUCAAAAGUAUUAUUCAACUGUUGAUUGAAUCUUUGUUGUUUUUAUCAUGUUGCUCUAUACUGUUUUAUUAAUUCUAUAGUCAGGUCAUACUUACAUAAUCAUAAUACUCCGUCAGAAGUCAAAUUUUCCAGGAUAGAGUACUAAUGUUUUACAAUAGAGUGUUGUUUUGUAUUUCUGCAGUUGAUACUGAAACUUUAAAUGUAAAUAGCUCCAAUAAUUAUUGCUGUAAAAAAUUAUUGGGUGUUUUAAUUAAAUCUCAUGUCCGUUGUUAACCCUUAGCCUGCUGGUGGCAAAUGAUUCUGCCUUUGCGACCAGUGCAGACCAAGAUCAGCCUGCACAUCCGUGCAGUCUGAUCAUGGUCUGCACUGUUCGCUUUUCAGUCAGUAAUUUUUCAGUGAACACCCCUUUGAAUAAUAAGUGGUAUGGCCCAAAUUGAAUGAUGGACCGGUCCAUUUUAGAUAUUUAGCAGGGUAAGGGUUAAAUGAAUAUAGACUGUGUAGAACAAAUACUGUAAUAUUGAUGGAUACCCAGUUGGCUUUCUGUCUCCCAAUUGAAAAAAAAAGUAAUUAAGAGAAAAUAACAUUUGAUUUUAGAUGGCGCUCAGUAAAUCACUGUUAAGAAUGUCUUGCAUUUAUUUAUAAUUUCUAUACAAAUCAUAUAGAUAUAGGAACUAAAUGUAUUAAUAAUUGAAGAAUUCGAAACCUGGUUGUCAUGGCAAUAGGAGAAACUUACUGAUAAUAUUUUCCGGAAAGAAAUAAUGAACAUUGUAAAACCCACAGGUUUCUUUGAAUUAAAAGGUCAGAAAAAGACAUCUGUUUUCAUACUUUUGAAAAGAAAAAUUAUAUCUUACUAUCAUGUUUUUAUGUUCUGUCUGUAUUAAUUUUGAGAUACAUAGAGGAUACUUGUCGUUUUGUUGUAAGAUCGAAAUAUCUCACUGAAUGAACAUCAAAAACAAUAUUAUUAUGAGCUACAUAGCAUGUUAGCCAAACUUAUUUUCUUCUCAUUAAAUGUCUUUUUCAAUGGUUUUGAUCAAAUUUUACUAAGUAAUUAAUAUUUGUAAUGAAAAAUUGCCAUUGUUGGAGCAUUGUAAUAAAAAUAUAUUUUAUGCAAAUUUUCUAUUAAACAAUCUAGAUAUAGUAUUUAUUAUGUUUUCUGAACAACACCUCUGAUGUUCUCUUUAAACAGGUUGCACUUGACCCUUACCAUGCUGGACACAACUGGUUCUGCCUUUGCGACCAGUGUAGAUCAUGAUCAACCUGCACAUUCGUGCAAUCUCAUCAUGAUCUGCACUAGUCGCCAUUCAGUCAGUAUCUUUUUGAAUGCACCCCUUUUCACAGUUAAUAGUACUGUCCAAUUUAAAAGAUGGAAAAGUUCAUUAUAGAAAUUUAGCAGGGUAAGGGUUAAAAAACAAGAUUCCUAUCAGGACAAACUAACAGUUUUCAGUAGAUAGAUCGAGAUCAGUCAGUAAUUAGCCACCUUAUUCUCUAUAUGUAUCAUAUUAUUAAAACACAUCAUAUUCUGUAAUAAAAAAAAAAGGUGUAUAAUAAUAUGAGCCGUGCCAUGAGAAAACCAACAUAGUGGGUAUGCGACCAGCAUGGAUCCAGACCAGCCUGCGCAUCCGCGCAGUCUGGUCAGGCUCCAUGCUGUUCGCUUUUAAAGCCUAUUGGAAUUGGAGAAACUGUUAGCGAACAGCAUGGAUCCAGACCAGACUGCGCGGAUGCGCAGGCUGGUCUGGAUCCAUGCUGGUCGCAUACCCACUAUGUUGGUUUUCUCAUGGCAUGGCUCAAUUAUUAUAUUUUAUCCUGUGGAUGUUACCAAGGUGAUGAGACUGUGUACUUUAAGAUGGUUGAAAUAUUAGUACAUUAUACAGGAAAUGCAGAAAAAUCUGACUGAAUGGACAGUUUGAACAAAAAAAUUUUUUUUGGUAAUUAUGGUCCAAUAACUGUGCUGAAUGUAAGUGUAAAUUGUCAUGUAAUUGCUUUUAUUUUCAUGUAUUUUUCAUGCUUUAUUUAUUGAUAUAUAUUCUUUUACUUAUAUUAUGUUGCAUGUUUUUGUAGUGCUAACAUUUUUUUUCUUCCUUUUUUGUUUUGGGUGAUCAUUACACCUGCAUUGUUUUAUUAUAACCCAGCAAAAAGAGUACACAUUUAGUCGUGAGAAUUUGUCAUAUGAAAAACUGGUCAUUGCAAAAAAACAUACUGCACAAAGUACAUAUAUUUCAAUUGUUUUAUACAUGUGCGUGACAUUUUUUUUCCAAGUUCAGUCUAUUGCAGAGUAAUGUGCCCUUAGGUUUAAACCAAUUUCCUCCAAUAAUAUCAUGUUACGUAGGUAUUAAUCACAUUCAGUGAAGCUCUAGUUUUGUUUGGUUCAUUACAGAAGAGCUUGUCAUAAGAAGUAUAAUAUGCGGCAUAACAUACAGUAUGUAUGCUCACAGAGUCGUUUUGCUUUCAUUAAUUACCUCCCUUUAAUUAGACUGGCCAGCAAGUGGUAGCCCUUUCAAUGGUCAAAAGAAAACAUUUUUUAUAAAUUUUUAACCAGACUAAAAUAAUGUUUAAAUAUGUAUUUGUUAAGCUAUUUUAUCAAAUACGACCUCUUUAAAAUGCAGGUAAGGGGAGAUAAUAAACUUGAGAAGAGGUGUUGAGCAAAGAUGAAAUUAUUUUGCAUAAUCAAUAUGCUGGUCAUAAGUUAGAAAGAUGUUUUUACAGGUAUUUGCUAAAAAUAUUCAAAGAUAAAUAUCACUUUAGUCAAACUCUGUACUGUGAAACUGAGACAUGACAGACGUCACACACGCCAUGUAUUGAUGAAUUUUUUCUCGCAUUGUAUUCAAAUUAAUCAAAACUGCCGCACCUUUAGUUCACAUAGUUCAUUUUCAGCAGUGUGGUGCCAAAAUAGUCUUGUAUUAUGAGGUAGGCAUAUUUUAGCACAGAGCUGAAAAAAAUGUAGUUUAAAAUACCAGUAGUUCAUUUUAAGUCUAGGUGCAAAAAUAAUGUAUAAAGAAACAGCUACAGUGUUUUUGUGUCGAGGCAAGUUUAAUUUUUUUUGUAUGUUUUUUUUGUUGUUGUUUUGUUCAUCUUCAGCCUUGAAUGUUAAUCAUGUAUCGUAUAUUUAAUGAGCAUUCCAAGUGCUUAUAUAAUGUGAUGCAUUGUUUCAAUUAUUGCUGAUAUUACUUGUAGUUGUUGGGUAAUUAAGUUGUUUGCAAAGUAGUUUGACUUGUAUUGAUAACAUGCAAUUAGCUCAUGUUAUGCACAGAGAAUGAUUUUGUUCUGUAAGUUUGCUUUUGAUAUUUCUGCACAGUGUUAAACAAGACUGGAAUAGUGACUUUGAUAUUUACAAUAGUACUGACUUUUUAUCAUGUUUAACUUGGCCUAAAGGGAGCUAUGAUCAUGUGGAUAAAGAUGUUAACUGCUCAGAUGGAAGGUUAUGUGUUCAAUUUCCACAGGGAUGUUGUACAACUUGUCUCCGAAGACUUUAGUCGUGAAGCCUAUUUUGGAGACCGGUCCCAAACUUUCAUUGCAUGAUUGGAUGGUUUUCAGCUCAAUUUUGAAACUAGCCAACGGUUAAUGCUUCAGUUUAAGACUUUGGAAAUGGAUUUGUCAAAGUUUCGACAAAAGUGAUUUAAAAAGGUUUCAAGAUCUCUAUAAAGAAGCUACUGGCCUUAGCUCAUACCAUUAUACUGACUUUAUAUAUCUUUCAUUUUUGAAGAAAGAUUGCAGCUUGUAUGAAUCACCUUUGAGUUCACUUUGUGAAAAGAAACAAGUCUUUAAGUCUAUAAAACCAAGUGUUUGAGACCAGUUCAGAAAUGCUGUCUUACCAUUGGUACUUUUCAAAACUGUUAAGAAACACCCAGUCAGAUUCAACAUGCAGAUUAAGCAGGGGGACUCCUUAUCCACUAGAUUACUGUGAUCCUGAAACUCUUAAAAUAUUCUUAACUUCAAAGUUCUAAAACUGAGUUUGGACACCAGUCUUGGAAUGCAGCCUUGCCAUUGGUCAGUUUCUAAGUUGUAUUCCAAAAUAACCAAUCGGGUGCUGGUUUUUUGAGACUGGUCUUCAAACUUUUGUUUUGUAACCUUGUAACCUUAUUUAAGAAGGGAUGUACAGUCUGCUGACAGACACUGAUGCAAUGUGCAAUCAUAUUGUUAAUGUAUUUUUGUAUAUUAAACAUUAAAACUGUACUCGCAUAUAAGCUUCUACAAUUAUAAUGACUCUUGCUUUUCUAAUGGAAAAAAAAACAUCGUAUGAUUCUUUUACAGAGGGGUUUUUAUUUAGUAAUUUGAUUUGCCAUGUUAGUUGAUAACGAGAUAAAGGCUAGUAAUUUCAAGGCCUGUAUUAGCUUAUGUUCGCAUAAUUGGACUGAAAAAAUGCAGAAAAUGCAAGAAUACCUUUCGCGAUAGAGGUAUUUCUAACAACUGAGCUGAAUAUGGGUCUUAAAAUGACGUUAGAUUUGCUAUUAGUAUUAAAGCCAGUAAUUGCUUUUGAAGAAUUUAAAUGUAAAAGUGUAUAAUCAUGAUAAUAAAGAGGAUGUCUUUCCAGAAUUUUUAAAAGAAGUUCUCAUUGUUGAUCUAUUUAACAAUAUUCCCAAACUUUAUUAUAAAUAUACGACACCAAUUUCAUAAAAAAAACUAUUAACAUUUUCGGUUAUGAAAUUAUGGGUAUAUAGACCUUUGUAGUCAUUUUAAAAAAAAAAAUAUUUUUGAGCAGUUUAUUUGCUCCCAAGGAUGUGUUCGCUAUGAAUUCGAACAAUUUCUAUUACUAAAACUCAGUUUCCUUGCUUUACAAAACUUGCUUAUACUGAAAAUUCUGGGACGAAAUUAACCUCUAGCUUUGUGAAAAACUGAUUUCAUUUUAUUGGAAUGAUACUUAAAAGAACUAAGUCAUUAUUGAGUGAGUAAAUCCACCGAUUACAUUGUAUUCUUACAUACUUUUCUGUCAUGCUAAAGCAAUAAAACAUUACUUUUACAUAGAAA